AUGUCCUGCACCAGGGACCCUUUCCUCCCUGCCUCCCAACAUGGGCUGGUGGUCCCAAAGCGGCACUGCCGCGCUGGGCACACAGGGUCGGAGCCAUCGGUCCUUGCUGGGCUCUCCCGGAUUCCUGGCCAGCUCCUUCCCGGCUCGCAGGGCAGUGGGCACAGGCAGUGCGGUGCGGGGGCACCUCUUGGGUGCUGCUCUCACCCCCCGCUCUGUCCCCUCCCCGGCAGCCGGAGGACUGUGGGCAGCCGCAAGCGCAAGUUGGCAGCACCAGCCUAUGCCUCGGCGGGGGCGAAGAGGAGAGGAGGGGAGGCGGGCGGGCGCCCGGCCGGGGGCACCCCCGAGGGCAGCGAGGCAGCCUGCGGCCCCGACCGCCCCGACGACGGCAUCGACAGCCACACCUUCGAGAGCAUCAGCGAGGACGACUCCUCGCUCUCCCACCUCAAGUCCUCCAUCAGCAGCUACUUCGGGGCGGCGGGCAGGCUGGUCUGCGGCGAGAAGUACCAGGUGCUGGCGCGGCGGGUGACGCUGGAGGGGAAGGUGCAGUACCUGGUGGAGUGGGAAGGCACGACCCCCUACUGAGCCCCGCCAGCCCCCAAACCUCUCCCGGAGCCAAACCAGAGGAGAUCAGGAUGACGGGAAAACCCUCGCCACGAAGCGGAGGAGGGAUGCUGGCCGGCGGGGAGGGCUGGGACCCCUCCGUGCUCAAGGGUCCCGGCUAGG